AUGGAGCUACUAGAGGGGGCUUCAUUAGGAGAACAUAUUCUUGCUUUUGCUGAGCGCAAUGACCGCUUUCAAGAGGAACGUGUCUGGAACAUAUUUAUUCAGCUUACACUCGCUCUUCGCUAUCUUCACAAGGAAAAGUCUAUAGUGCAUCGUGAUCUGUCACCUAAUAACGUUAUGCUCGGAGAGCAAGAUAAGGCAAGAUAUGAUUAA